ACAACAAAACAACAAAUUGCCAGGCGUCAUUUGAUAAGUGGUGACCUAUAACCACCGGAUACAAGGCCAGUACAUAGCCAUUUGUAUCAUUCAUUUGUCAGGAUGAGGGACCAUUUUGUCAUCCUAUUACUCUCCUUGCUUACUCUUGGACGUUCACAAGAUGUCCAAGAGGACACAGACCCAAGGCUUGCCGAGGGUGAGAAAAAGAUGAGCGACAGCAUCCUGGAGAUGCUGGAGCACUUCAAGCAGCCGGACCCGGUGGGCAUCCCCGGGGCCAACAUCCCGGACCCGUACCCCGUGCCCGACAUGAAGCAGUCCCUCGCUUUCGGGACCGUUCUCUACUUCAAGAACAGUUCCGUCUAUGGAAUUAGCAAGUUUCGAAUCCUUUAUAUCAAUGCGGAAAUUGGAGCUAUGGAGGUUCAAGCAGUGCUUACUAUUGACAAGCUACAAGCUCGCGGCAACUACACUAUGUCCACUUGGUUGAACAAAGCCCAGGGCCCGUAUACAGUCGACGUCGGAGGCCUAAAGGUCAAUGCCAAGGCCAACCUCGGCGUCGAGCGAGACGGGAAACUGAGGGCCCAAAACAUUAAUAUUGACAUAGGCUUUUCAAAUAUCACCGUAGACUUCCAAAAUCUUGGUCUUAUGGGCAGCGUCUUCCAAGGCGUCAUAAACUCCAUCGGACCUUUCGUAUUCGAAUCCAUCAAGCCGUAUAUUCUCAAGGAAGCCUACACAAAAGCCAGAGCAGAAAUCAACUCCAAACUAGACGAAGUCGCUGGUGACAUGCAGUUCCCCAACUCCAUAUCACCACUGGACAUGAUAAUCGCCGAUGCAAGAAAGAAAGUGCAGGCAAUGCAAAUGGACCCUUACAAAGUAAAAGACUACAAUGCUAGCGUCAGUAUAUUCUCAAUCACCCUUUCAAACACGUGGGUCACAGGCAUAUCGUCAUUCCAGCGAGUCGGUAAUAUAACGCUGAAAAUGGAAAACAAUGCUGUUAUAGCGGACUUUGACAUCGGUACUCAGAAACUCGAGGGAAUGACUCAAUGGGAAAUUACUGCAUUGAGUGGUGUAAUGUCUAGAGCUGGCACAGCUUCUUUUUCUGUUGAGUACAUAAGCGGAAGGCUGAUUCUAGCACAGCCUUUGGAUACAAGGGAGCGACCGGAGUUCAGAGACUUGGAUUUGGAAGUCGGUAAUAUCCAAGUGCGUUGCAACGGAGCUGGUACUUUGGACUACGUUAUUGAAGCAGGUGUUAAUAUUCUACCGAAUUUAUUGCGGUACCAAAUAAUGGAUGCUUUGGAAGGUCCUCUCAAGGAGCGAAUACAGCAAGAAUUAGACAAAAUAAACGUAGAGGAGACCAUAAAGCAGGAGCUGCACAAAGUGGACGAGAUGCAGGAACAAGGGUUCAAGCUGUCCUCGCUGAAAACAAAUGAAGUAACGCACGAACCUUAUGAUGAAGAUGAGUUUUUUAACUUUUGAUAAGUACUUAUUUAGUUUUAGAUAGCAUUUGUAGAUACUCUCAGAAAGUUUUUUCCCAAACACCUAAAGGGAGUAAAGAUAAUAUUUUUAUAUGUAGUGAACUAUAUAUUCAUAAAUAAAUAGUUGUUUGUAGUUUA